GUGCGGGACCCGAAGACAUGAUGUCGUCCGACGUGCCACUCAGCGCAGCAAGCCGCAACGUCCACGGGGACGUAAAUAAAGCGUCGCACAGUUGACCAGCCCGCCGAGUGUCAUCACCGUCGCGCGAUCCGCAAUAUGCGCGUUGAAUGCGAACGUGCGACGACAACCGGUCCGCCGAGCAACCACCAAAGAUGAACGUUCUAUGGUAUGGCGUUCUCGGAGCUGCCGCGUCUCUGCUUGUUUACAUCCUCGGCAUAGAAACGAUCAUUAAACUCCUCAUCUGCUUGCUUGCAUUAAUUCUAGGGACGUUGGUCUGUGUAUAUAGGACGUACUCUCCAAAUCUCGACGAUGUAAUUAAGUCUGAAAGAGAAGACUUAACUAAGAAGACUGAAAAGUUCCGGCAGUAUAUACUAGAUCUAUCUACAGAGAAGAUGACAUUUACGUUAGAUAAGAGGAUAACUGGUAGUCGUAUCAUUGAUGAAUCCCUGCAAGAAAUAUUGGAUUUUUUAAUCAGGGACUACGUAGAGCCAUGGUAUAGCGCUAUUACGGAUGAUGAGGAAUUUAUUUAUUCUGUUCGGGACACUGCUCAAAAAAUCGCCAUCAAUGUCGCCAAUCAGGUCAAGAGCGUCGAUUGGAUACCCUACUUGACCACACGGCUCGUUGACGAUGCAGCUUCGCACGUCAGGCUGUAUCGGCAAGCAACCGCACGGAUGAAGCAAUUACGGUCCACCAGAAUUCAGAAGGGUAGCGCCAGCUCGAGCACGUCGGGCGGGACGCCGAAGAAAACGCCCACCCAUCGCAGGAACAAAAGCGAAACCGAUGUAUCCUGGUACUCGCAGUCGAAAUUUUACAUACCCAACUUGUCGUCGCUCACCGAGCCAAUCGAGUCGUCUGGCGAUGAGAAGGAGGACGAGUCGCUCGAGAAGAUAUUUUUCGACCUCGAGGUGCAAAUGGAGAACAAUCUGAUAUGCAGGGACCUGGUGUGCACGAACGACACUCAGGAGUUGGAGUUCCUGGGCGAGAUAUCAGAGAUCCUCCUGUACCUGGUGCUACCCAAGUCGGACUUCGAUUGUUUAACUACGAGAUUUAUGUUAAGGGAGUUGUUAGUGAACGUUAUAAUCAGACCGUUGUUAGAUCUGUUCUCCGAUCCUGAUUACAUUAAUCAGGCAUGUAUAUGGCUGUGUACUAAGGAUGGUGGUUUACCAAGUGAUAUCUUUCUAACAGUAAUUAGAAUAACGGAUAACUUAGAUGAAUUAGUGGCGACGAAGAAUAUAGUCUGCAAGGAAAUAGCGCAUCUACGCUCCAAGGAUUCAGGUGGAGAGGACGAUCUGUCGGUGAAGCAGCAGCUGAACAGUCUACUUUACGUGAAGAAAAUCCUAGAGACGCGGAUCAUCGGCAUGCAGGAGGGUUUAGAGACGGAGGCAGACGGGAUCGGUGCCCAGCAGGAAUGGAAUAGGCUGCUCAUACCGGGCCAGAAGCUGGUCAACUUACCGUUAGACGAAUUGCUGAAGAAUAAUAUCACGCUCAGUUACUUCAUCGACUAUAUGACCUCCAUAAACGCGGAGGCGUACUUGUUCUUCUACCUGAACGUGUACGGAUGGAGAGUUUCAGCUGAGCAACAGAUAUCGGACAUAGAACUUCAGAAGAUUCAGAGCGCUCAGUCCGGCGCGAGCAUGAUCGGUACCAGACGUAAGAACGCGGAUCUGGACAAUCUCAAGGAGGCGGCGACGAAGAUCUAUCAACAAUACCUGAGCGACAAAGCAUCGCCCAGGCUGCAGCUAGACGACGCGCUGGUAAGAAGUUUACUAGCAAGGACGAGAACGGAAUCGGUCAAGGAGACGUGGUUCGAUGAGCUGCGAAAUUGCUGCUACGAGAAGCUGCAGAGCGAGGACAGGUUCCUGCCAGGCUUCAAGAGAUCGCUGGCCUAUGUCAAGCUGCUCGCCGAACUAGAUCUCUUGAAGGAUCCCGUGUCCGAAGACGACGCAAAGUCCUUGGACAGCAUAAGCUUGUCCAGCACGAACAACGAACUGGACACCCUCGAGGAGUUGUCCGAGAAUACGUGCAAGAAUAACGAUACUAAAUCCGCGAAGGAGGUUGCUAAAAAAUCAAGUUCCUCGACGAGUCUAACAAGCAUGGGCGAGGCUAGCGAGAGCAGACCGUCCGACGAGGUUGAUGCGGGUACGAGUGAUCUUAGGGCCAUGAAAAACGCAUCCAAGGGAUUCACCGCGGAAAUCGAUCAGCUCGGUGAUAGGAAGGACAUUGCGUUCGACGCGGAGGCAACAAGCGCCGAACAGUUCGUCAAGUUGGAUGAGAACAAUUACGAUCAGAACGCGAAAAAGCUGCAACAGGGCCGUUUCGAGAUCACCGCCAUUAUCAUAGAGACUGGCAUCGUCAGAGACGAUCGCGGAAAAACGUACGGCAUAUACGCCGUAGCGGUUACGAAGAACUACGACUCGGGCUAUAAGGAGAAGUGGCACAUCUACAGACGAUACUCCGACUUCUACGAUCUGCACCAGAAGAUCAAAGAUAAGUAUUUCGAUCUGGCGAAGAUACCGUUCCCGGCGAAGAAGACGUUCCACAACAUGGAGCGCACCGUGUUGGAGAAACGGAUGGUGAUGCUGAACGUCUGGCUGUGCCAACUAACAAAGCCCGCGAUUAUGGACGGUCACAUGGGACUGCAGAAUCUGUUGUUGGCCUUCUUGGAGCAAGGGGAUUACGAUAAAGGCGUCACCGGUGGCCAAAUAUCGAGAACGAUAGACACCUUGAUGAAUCCCCUGAAGACGUCCAUGAAGAGCGUUACGCAGGCGGUGAAAACGAUGCCGGACAAUAUGUUGAGUACGGUGGACGGCGUAAUGGACAAUCUGAGCAAAUUCUUUGGCAAUCCCAAGAAAACGACCAUAUUUUACGAAAAUACCAAAGUUGGUGCCAGUCUCGAUACAGAGACUGAUGACAAUAUUCCAUUGCGUAUCAUGCUGCUGUUAAUGGACGAAAUCUUUGACCUGAAAGUGCGGAAUCAAUGGCUGAGACGUCGAAUCAUAACGCUGCUGCGGCAAAUCAUUCGUACGAUGUUCGGAGACAUAGUAAAUAGGAGGAUAGUAGAAUACGUGUCGGUUUUGACCAGUCCGUCGAAAGUUGCGGGAUAUUUACGUUUGUUUAAGAACAGCUUCUGGCCGAAUGGCGUGAAAGCGGAAAGUAAACCGCCGCGCGACACGGAAAUGAAGAACAGAACGCGAGUGGCAGCUAAGAUAGCCUUACUUUCGUGUCUCUCGGACGAAUUGAAACAUAUCCUAGGCAGCGAGACGACGAGGCGCGGACUGCUGAGGGUGUUCGAGCUGUUCCAGCGGCCCGUGCUAAACAGGAGACUGCUGUACGUACUACUGGAAGGCAUCGUGGAGACUCUGUAUCCACAGAACAAUUUAGUGACGGUCUUCAGGAAACUGUACUCGGUAUCGCCGAGAGUGAAGAGUAAAAGCAAAACGAAGUCUUGAUGGAGGAACAGGACGGACUGAUGUCCGAACGCAAUGGUGCAGGAGCGGCCCGACCGUAAUCGAGACAACUCACGGGAUUAGAAGUUACGUCGACUUCAUUACUGAUCUUCAAUAGGGAUACACACUUCUUCUGGGUAGUUUAGAGAUCUACGAUAUUAAGAAAAUACUCGUGCAAACUGUCCAAGAUUUAAAAAAAAUAUAUAUAUUUGACCCUUUCGCUGCGGCGCGCUCCAACCAAAACGCGCUCGUCGUGUGUACGACACGAUAUUAUACAACGACGAAGAUGACCGAGAUCGAGAAGAUGGUCGCGAGUGCAACAGUAGUUUUCCAUACAAGAUACGUACUUAUGGUUAGAAUAUUAGUAAGAUUCUUGAAAAGCCAAAUGAAUCAGCGUGAGAGUCAACAUGCUAAAUAAUUUUUGUAAAGUUGUCCACAUACAAUUCAAGUUCUUGUCAUAAAGAUAUUUAACAAUCGCAAAGCGAUUUCGAGACGGGAUUCUUACGUAUAUAUGUUGACUUUGAUCACCUCACAAUGUACGGCAAGAGAGAAGCUACUUUUGCACGAAGUAUAUGUGCAUCGUACGUAGCGGAAGGGUUAAGAUAUUUGUGUCUUUGACACCCAUUGGGCUCUUGAUAUCUAUCUUCACUCCUAUCUCUGCGACAAAAUAUUUGAAAAUUAAGAGGACAUAUUUCAUUUCACAAUACGACCAAUCAUGUAUUUGAUAGAUAUCGCAACUUUUGUAAUGUUAAAUGUUCUCGAUUAUUUCUCAGAGAAAAAAUUUCACUUUGUUUCUUAUCUUAAAGUUCCAGUGAUUUUCCACAUACUAAUUAUAAUGCUUAUACUUAAUGUACUUAAUAUGUUUGAUAGAUCAGAUUCUCAUUCUCUUUACAGAUUUUUAUUUCAUCACUAUCAUUUUCGAGGCAAAAUAUAAAGUGUUGAAACGUUAAAAUCCAGUCCAGCUCGCUAGAUGUAAAUAUUUCUAUAUUUUAUAUUUCAUACUUUAUAUUUUCUAUAUUUCAUAAAAUAUUGAAGAAGUACUGAAAUCAAACGUGUGACAGUCGGUCACGCUCUAGUUAAGCUUAAAACGCAGUAGCAGCUUUAUUUGAGCUCAAUGGGUUAAUGAGAUGAUCAAUCGCUAAGCUUAUGGAGAUAUUACUGGAUGUCGUUUAUUUUUUAAACAUUCCUCUGAGCAGUGCAAAGUGCACACGUACGCCAUUGCAACGGACACCCGUCGCGCCUAUAGUUUUCGACAGGGAACAAAACGAAAGUCGUACGCUUUCAUAUAUCGACGAUUUAUAUACGUUUAAGGAUGCACACGACGGAAAAGUUCCAACCUGUUGAUUUCUCUCUAUUUGGAUUACUUCCAAACGGAAGUGUGUUAAAAAUAUCGCAAAUUUAAAAUGAAAUACUCUCGAAACGUUCGUGUACGUAAUGUGAAAAUGCAUGAGAAAUGAAUAUAAAUUCCCUUAAAAAAUAAGAGAUAGUACCUUAGGCUUUUUAGAAAAAUUAAUUUCACAAUAUUUCAUCAGAAAAUUUAAGCUAACGGGAUAUGCAAGUUGUAGCUCUCUCUUCGAACAUACCCUCGUUAGAUCAUUUAGUAGAUCCUUUUUUACGUACACUAAGAGAAAUUUCCCAUAUCUGCCAAAUGCAAUAAAAAUUGUAAUACUCUCAAACAGAAAGCACGCUGAGCAAAGUCCAUAGUUGGCGUGAUAGACGGAGCUUUUCCGGGUGUGUGCAACUAUUGGAAGUGAUCUAGUGGCCAAAAAGUAUAAUAUCGAUUUCAAUUGCGUAAUUGCGAGCCUGCAACUCGGCUCGCCAAUCUCGUUGAUAUUACACGUUGAUAUUAAACGUAGGAUAAUAUUAAAGAAAAAGAAAACUUGCGGAUAUUCUUUGUGAUUACCUCGUAGGGGAACACAAUAUGGUCCACGUGGAAACAUUCCAUUUGCCGCACCGAAUAGUUAGCUAAUUUGUCCUUUUUACAACUGUCCUCAAAACUACAACGUAAUACAUACAUGGGCGUAAAGACAACACUGUUUUUCACGCAUCGCGCACAUCACAUGUUGUACAUCACAGUUUACUUAAGUUCCAAGAGACGUAAUACGAAGAAUGCAAUCAAUUUAGACGUAUAAUUUAUCGCAGACGUUAUACUUAAUUAUAUUUAUAUUGGACUACUCCGGAGUUUAUCUGUGCCAUUCGGUUGAGUAGUGCCUAUCUAUUUAUUAGAGAAAAAUUAUGAUUGUAAGAGCGGUUUUGAUGGCGCUCUUUUGGACAUUUUGCUCCUUUUUCUAGAAAUUUACAAGGUCUCGAUUGACUCCAUUCAUCAAGAAUGCAAAUCACGACUGUAUAAAAAUUGUUGUACAUUACUCUAUCGUACGUCUGUAUAUAAAGUUAUUUCUAUCUCAUGUUAAAACGCCAUACUUAUCAUGUUUACUUAUUAAAGGGACUAUUUAUAA